AGGCGCAAGAAUUCCAGUGAAUUCGAUGAGGAAUCAGAUUCUGGCAAUAAAUACUUAGAGAAUUCAAAAGCGGAUCCAUUAAGAGGUGGUGUGGAUGACGAGGACAGCAGUGAUGGGGGUUUCAAACAGCGGAUCCAAACCUCGCAUCCCAUCACCAAAACUGUUAAGCAAAUCGAGAAGACCUACACAACGAGUGGUUUUCCCGCUAAUGACAUACAGACGCGUCAAUCGUGGAAAUAUCAUCAAAAGCCGCCGGCGCUCAAUAGGACGGGCAGUAGCUUUGACAGCAGUGACCACACAUAUGAGCCACAAAUGAUGGCAUUGCCUUUGAAAAGGCCGACUCGGCUCUACUUUAUUGAUAAUAUGGAAACGUCUGAAUUGAACGCACAGACAGAGACGAGUCACAGCGUGGACGAGCUUAAUGACAACGGAUGGAAAGGGAUGUCGUGUCAGUCUAUGUCCAAAACUCCGGACAAUGUGGACGAUAAUAGCCGGAACAAAAAGCACGUCACCUUUGCCACCACCCAUUUGGUGCGAUCGGCCACUGUUGGCGGCAUUAAUAACAUCCAUAUAUCCAGUGGCGGACCCUCACAACAGCCUCGCAUAGGCGAGAGAUUGGUCAACGGCUCACUACUCAUGCGAAAGACCGAUUCAAUCGAUUCCUUCGAUCAGAGGUCGACCGCAUCGACCGCCCGACUGGUGACUGACUUCCUGCCCCUCUAUCGGGCGGCUAUGCGUAGGGCUGUCAUGAAAACCCAGGCCACACAGACUGACACUACCAGUGCCGCCAAAAGGGCGUCCACAGCCGGCAAAUCAAGUCGACGCUCAAUACCGGCUUACCUGACACUCUCUCCGAGAACGUCGAGACCCGGCUCUCAAUCGGGAGAUGGGUUUCCCGAAGACUUUUACGGCGACAGCGAUGAUGACGAUGACGAGGACCAGGAGGAAGACGCUCAGCAGAUAUCUCUCAAAGAUAAUAAAAGGACGCGAAGAGUCCAGAGGGCGAGGACUUCGGACCCGAAGUGUAAAUCAAAGUCACGACGAAAACAGCGAUCAGUGAAGACGUCACCCAAACAACAGACGGUCGACAGCGGCGCCGACAGUCAGGCAGUGGCCGAUGAGUCGGGUUUCCAGAGACUGGACUCCUAUGAGAGUCACAGCGAGUCGUCGAGAAUCGAGACAAUGAUCCGGAGGGAGGACUUGGGCUCGAAGUCGUCCACAGAUUCGUCGACUAAUCAAUUAAAGAGCGAAUCGGAGCUGACGUCCACCUCAACGACCACUACCAACGACUCGAGCUAUCGGUCCAUUAGAUCCCUGGGCUCCUCAUCGACGGCUACUGUCGUCUCAGAGUUGAUGAACGACUUGUCGCUCGUCGCUAACGAAGACAAACAGCCAUUGAUUGAUGAGAUUAGCGACGACUUCAACACUGAUGUGACGAAACGGCCGCUAAUUAUAGACCCAAAGAAGGCGACGUUGAAGGCUACCGGCGCUGACAGUAGCUUCACAUCACCCGAUAGUGACAACUAUAGCUUCAAUGCUGCCGAUCAUAAGGCAUGUGCGACAACUCAAGGCUCCAGUUCCCCACCGGUGGACGCCGUGGACAGCGGCGGCAGCUCUGUGUACGUGUCGGCCAACGACGCGUCCCCUCAGAUAGAAAAGGACAGACAGUCCGGACAGACCACGUCCUACGAGACGGCCUCCUCUCAGGGCAGUCGAUACAGUUCUCCCCCAUCUGUCGGACACCAG